UGUACUGCUUGUAAAUUUGGUCACUGCUGCCACCUAGUGACUGUUUGAUGCUUUGACUUAUCAGUUUGCAGUCAGCAUCAGUCUGUCUUGUGCAUGAAAAGAGCAAUGUUUGCAGACUAUGCAGUGCUUUCAAUGAGAAUGGAAACUGCAAACCACAUUUGAUAAGAGUGUCCUUCCUGUGUUUUCAGAUGUCACUGCUUGAUUAAUGUGAACAUGUUACACUGGUUAAAAUCAGACCCCAGUCAGUCUUCUCAGUGUUUGUUCAAGCACACUGAUUAUUGUCAGUUUUUCGUAUUUACUUUAUUUACUCUGUAGAUUUUAAAGUUUUUCCACCUGUAAUGUGGAGCUACACCAGCUACCCCAGAAUGAUCCAUGUUACUUUUUUCUGUUUUUGUUUGAGCGCUGGAUUCACACUGUCAUCUUCUCUUUGGAUUUUGGACAAACAUCUGGACUGCAGUCAACCAGGUCUUGACAACUGCAAAGUCAUGCCAGAAAACUGCUCAGAGAAGCGCAUGGUCGUACAACUUGCUCCUACCGGCCCAGAGUGGUGCCCUCACCAUGUGGGAGUUGGGACCGACAAACAUUUGAAAUUCCCUAUUAUGAAUGUGACAUGGAAACUAAAGUCAGAUGCAAGUGUAUUAAGCCUUAAUGGAUCAGAGAUAAAUAUUGUGGAUGAAAGUACAAAUCAAAGUAUGUGUGCGCAGUUUUCUUACAAUAUUUGCUGUCAACUGAAACCAAAUAACCAAUCCCACAACUCUGAGAGGUGGAUGUUUCAUUUGGAUGGAGUUGUGGUAGAGCCUGGUCACACAUACAUGGUGUCAGUUGUUAAUAUUCCAGAACCUGAGGGUGGGGACUACAGGAUAAGAAAGCAAAUUACCAUCCCAGGAUGUCAUGACAGCAGAAUCCAAACAGCUCAAAUAUGUCUUGAAAAUGGUAGUCUGUGGGAGCCUAACAUCACCACUGCUAUGUCUGUUGAUAAGGAACAGGAAAAGCUUUACAUUGUUCUGGGUUUUGAGGCAGCACAGUAUUCAGAGAGAUACCUAGUAUCUAUCCAGAGCCAGGCUUUCAAUUAUUCAAAGAAUGUCUCAAAGGAAAAUGGAACAUCACUGAAUGUGACAUUUGAGUUGAAGGCAUUUGCCUUCUGGCAGCUCUCACAAUGUGAAAUGUUGUUUACGAUUCAGCCGUUUUUUAUACGAUGCAAACAUGACUGUAGGCGCCACGAGGAAAAAAUAAAUUACUGCUUUUAUGGACCACGGACUAUAUUCAUAAAGGCAGUUGUGGGGCUGCUUGUCUUUGAGGGUUGUCUUUUUUAUUUACUGUGGAGAGCAUCUCAUAAAGGUUCUGUGAACACAUCCCCAUCUGUUGCCAAAGACCAACCAGAGGGAGUUCAAGUGCAACAGAGAAAGCGAGUCCUCAUCAUCUACUCCCUCGACCACCCAUUAUACAAAAACAUUGUUCUCAAGCUCUGUGGCUUCCUGGCAACCAGAUGCAGUACUGAAGUGGUCCUGGAUCUGCUGGACUCUGCCACACUGGGAGUGUUGGGAAGCAUUCAGUGGUUGGACUGCCACAUAAAGGAAAUAGAAAACUCUUCAGAUAAGAUACUAAUCCUAUGCUCACCAGGAGUACAAGCCAAAUGGAGAGCCAUGUGCGGUGACAAAAAGGUUUUUCUGAGAGAGGACGUCCUUUCACCUGUAGGUGACAUGCUCACUCCAGCCCUCAGCCUCAUGGUCCCCCAAUUUAUCCGAUCUGCAUCUUUUGAAAAAUACAUAGUGGCUUAUUUUGAUGAUGUUUGUUCAGAAGAGGAUGUUCCUUCACCUUUCAACAUUACAGUGCGGUAUAAGCUGAUGAAACAGUUUGAGGAGCUCUUUUUCAGAAUCCUGGACACAGAAAAGCAUGAACCAGGCAGAAUGAAUCACAUUGCAGGGCUUUCCGAGAACGAGUAUCAUCAGUGCCCCUCAGGUAGAGCCCUGCGGGAUGCAAUAGAGGCUUUCCAUAUGUACCAAGUGAAGCAUCCACAGUGGUUUGAAGAUGAAUUGCUGGAGAGCUCAGACUUGGAGGUUGUGGAGCCCUCAGUUGAAAUCUAUGACAGUGCAACCACAAACCUCAUCACAUAUUCUGUACCUGAGUUUACCCAAGUAAUCUGCCAUGUAAAGACACAUGAAGGUGACUUCACUGCAGAUAAAACAGGACUCUACAUGACUGAAUAGCUCCAAAUGUGCUCUGCAGUUGAAUUCAAUCAUCUUAUUCUAGAGGACAUGCGGCCAGUUUGAUUUGAUUGCAUUAGGGUCUUGAGAUGCUCAGAAAAAAGAUCCUGCGAGGACAGUCAGUCAUGCAGUUUGAUGAAAACUAUGUCCUGUUUCCAAGGCCAAACUCCUUGACAGUGUCUUAGGAACAACAGAAAUCUGUGGAGAGAAAUUCAAAAUUGAUAUUCCAGUGGAUACUGGUGAACCAAAAAAAAAAACAAAAACAAGGAAUCAGUUGUUAUAUGUCAUAUCAUGGCAGAACAUAUGUGCAACUUUUACAAAGAACAUCUAUGAAUUUUUUGUACACAAACAUGCUCUGGUUGUACAUUGCACAUUGUAUAUUUGCUUGUCAAGAAAUCUGUUCUUCUGUAAUUUUGCAAGUUACAUAAAUGUUGAGUAUUGCUUGCUUUCGCCAAGAGACAAUUGCAAAGUAGUUUAGACCACAGAGAUCUGUGGUUGAUGCUUGUGGGCUGUGUAAACAGUAUUCAGGUCAAAGUUCAACCUACUGGGCAAAGUUUCUAGCAUUUUUGUUGCACGGGAGAAGGUAAGCACCAAACACUGCUUGUGGAGAAUUUUUUUUUAAUAAUGACCUGGCUGAAUGUAAUCUGUAAUGGACUUUUUAAUAUCUGAAAGCAUGGAAGUUUUCAUUGAGUACUCACAGAGCAUGUAUUUCCAGAAAUUAGUUCAUGAUGAUGACUUCUUACUUCUUACUACUAUGGAUUGAUGCAGCUUUUCAGUUACACAGUGUAAUUUGAGAUUGUAUUUACUCUCCUAUGUCUCCUAUUCUCUCAGUAUUAGUGAUGAAAUAUUAGAUUAAAAACUAAAGCUGUUAAACUUACAAUGUUGGCACAAAAAGAGCUGUACACUUAAUUUUUUUAAACUUUUUUUUUCAAUUUGAAUAAGUUUAAGUUAAGAAUCUUUCGUGCAUAAAUGCACUGAAGUAGGAGGAAAAGAUAACAAUACAGACCCCAGCUCUGGAAUUUGGGUGUCAGUUUUUGAGAGUGGCCCCAGUGGGGGGAGGGUGGUGGGAAUUUGACCCAACUAACUGGAGCAAAGAAAAUCCUCACAAUGGCUGAAUUGGACUUGUGCCUUGCAGUGACAGAAAACACACUGCAGGGUGUGAUACAGCCUGAGGAGCCUAUUUGACAUUUCCUUCAAGAAACUGGGGUAAUGUUGUUUAUAGUUUUGAUUUUGACAAGGCCGCAUUUUGUGACCUAAACAGUUUUCUUUAAGAUUUCUACACACUUUUCAUCAAGUAAAGGAGACUGUAAGAAGCAAACUUAGGUACAAAAUCAAUCUCAUAGUCCCUUUAAGGCAUUAGUGCAUUUUAUUUGGAAGAACCAUGAAGACUGGGCUUUGACAUUGUCUGUAUUUAAUGUUGUGAGACUGUAAUUUUUGAAUGCAUACUGGCAAGGAGACUUUCAGAGGUGACAGUCAUUGUUAAGUGUUUUUCAACGCUUCGUCUGUUUUAUUUUUAAACCUUAAUCAAACAACAUGUCCUAUUUACUAUAAAUGUCAUCUGAACAUAUUACACAAUUAAAAAUUAAU